UAAACGGGUGUGAUUACGACCGUGUUUGGCACAGAGAAACGAUUAGCGAUUAAGCAUAAGCCAUAAGGCCUUCUCUCUCUUUCCAGAGCAAAGGAUCUCACUUUUUAAAAUAACAUAAUCGUGUGCUCUCUGUCCCAAACCAAACAAACCGCGGCAACUCAGUUUCUCCGAUCACCGACUCAACAAUAUUCAAACCCUUCGUUACUUCGAUCGGCGAAGAAGAGAACCCAAACACCGGUGCUUUUUUUUAUUUUGUGGGGCCCCGAAUUGAAUCUCGUCGGGGGAAUAGCUUGAAGAAAAGGCGCACGGAAUCUUAGGGUUUAGGAGCGCGGAACGAACGGUUUUCACUUCCCGAGCUUGGAUUGAUUUGGAAAUGAACCGCUGAUUGAGGAAUUUGGAGGGAAAUUCGCAAGGGGAGGAAAACCUAAUUUUCCAACUUCAUCUUUUUUCUUCCACUUCUGUUCUCUUCGUUUGCAUGAUUAUCAGAGUGGAAGUGCGUCAGUGAAGUUAGGAUUCGAGGGUUUUUGAGAGCUGUGAUUGUAUUUGAUCGCGGGUGGAACAUCCAUCGGCGCAGAAAACUCGAAACAUGAAGAUAGUUAUUUGGAAUUUUGAGGUUUGAGCUGUGUAAGUGUUCGCUUUGAUGAGGUGUUGGUUAAUGCGUUGAAUAGACAUUGGUCGGUGAACACGACAUGGACUACGAUUCAGAUAACCCAUCGCAAGAUGGGAGGGAUGAAGAUGAUGAAGAAGAAUAUGAGGAGUCUGGCAAGGAUAGUGGUUUUUUAGCCCUCAUGUUUGGAAAUUUCGAUAAUUCCGGUGGUCUUGAUGCUGAUUACUUUGACGAGGAUGCAAAGGAGCAUAUUCAUGCAUUGGCCGGAAAGUUGGAUUCAUCACUGACAGAUAUAGAUUUGUCAGGAAAAUCACCACAAACACCACCUGAUGUUGUUGAACAAGACUCUAUUGAAAAGGCUGAAGAUGCAGUUGAUUAUGAAGAUAUUGAUGAGGAGUACGAUGGCCCAGAGACUGAAGCUGCAAAUGAAGAGGACUAUUUACUACCAAAAAAGGAAUUUUUCGCUGCUGAAGCCUCCCUGGAAGCUCUAGGGUCUAGAACUUCUGUCUUUGAUGAUGAAAAUUAUGAUGAAGAAUCUGACAAGGAACAAGAUGGAGUUGAUGAUUCAAAAGCUGUCUCAUUGGCUGGGGAGCAGGAAAAGAGUGUUGUAGAUGCAUCUAAAGAAGACAAAGACAGUGCGCUUGAACGUGAUGUACAAGUUGGGUUGCACCAGACUGAAGAAUUGGCCAUCAAGGUAAAGACACUUGAGGAAGGGCCUGAAGUUCUGAAAAGGUCUACGCCGUUGCCAGUUUUGUAUGUGGAAGAUGGGAUGGAAAUUUUACGCUUCUCUGAAAUCUUUGGUAUUCAUGAACCUCUGAGGAAAGGAGAAAGGAGAGAGCAUCGGCAUUCUGUUACACACGAUAGAUACAAAUCAUUGGAUUUAUCUGAUGAUAUUGUAGAAGAGGAUGAAGAGGCAUUCCUCAAGGGAUUCUCUAGUCUUUCACUGACCAAACAGGCUUGUGUAGUCCAUAAUGAUGCAUCAGAAAGUAAUGAUGUUGAUUUGGAAUUUCCAAAAUUUGGAUUUCUUCAUGGGGAUGCCUCGACACCUACGAAAGAUGAUCGACAACAAAAGGACUCUUGUCUUAGUGCUGAACCAAUGAAAGGCGAUUUCACGAAUGAGCUUCCAUGGAAAGAUACUUAUGUCUUGUCAGCCAAUUUUUAUCCUCUUGAUCAGCAAGAUUGGGAAGAUGAAAUCAUUUGGGGCAAUUCUCCUGUUGUAAGUGACACUAAUUUUGAGAGCUGUGAAAUUUCGGGACCAGAGUUGGGAGCCUCUGGUGGUAGUGAAAUAGAAAUUGAAAGUGGGAUACAGAAUAUACAGUUGGAGCCCCAGAAAAUAAUGGAGGAGAAAAAAAGUAAUGUUUUCAUGUGCAGCUCUCCUUUAUCAUUGGAACCAUUUGGCUCAAGGGACUCUUCUGAUGCUAAAACUGAUUUAUUAUCUAAAAAUCUAUUUCAUCCCCAGCUUUUGAGGUUAGAAUCCAGAUCAGAGAUGGAUGACACUGGUUAUGCAGAUGGAAGAGGGGAGUACACAUCUGAAAAGCAUAAUGAGCUUGGCCAUGUAAAGCGUUUUACCAAGGUGAUGUCUCAAAAUAGAGACCUGGCUGAGGGGUCUUGGUUAGACAAUAUUAUAUGGGAGUUCAAUAAACCUUCUGUGAAACCAAAGCUUAUCUUUGAUCUUGAAGAUGACCAAAUGCACUUCGAAGUUUUGGAUAACAAGAAUAGUAGCCAUCUUCACCUUCAUGCAGGGGCUAUGAUUUUGACUCGUUCCCUAAAAUCAAGCAGUGGGGAUUCUGAGCUACCAGUACAGGGAGGUCAAUAUGGAUGGCGAUAUGUUGCUAAUGAUAAACAUUAUUCAAACAGGAAAACUUCUCAGCAACUGAAGUCAAAUUCUAAGAAACGCUCAGCGCAUGGUGUCAAAAUUUUCCACUCCCAACCUGCACUGAAGCUGCAGACAAUGAAGUUGAAGUUGAGCAAUAAAGAUAUUGCAAAUUUUCACCGUCCCAAAGCAUUAUGGUAUCCCCAUGAUAGUGAGGUUGUUGUCAGAGAACAGAGAAAACUGUCAACACAGGGACCCAUGAAAAUUAUUAUGAAGAGCUUGGGUGGCAAGGGGACAAAACUACAUGUUGAUGCUGAAGAAACUCUAGCUUCUGUUAAAGCAAAAGCUGCUAAAAAGCUAGAUUUCAAGGGAUCAGAAAACGUGAAAACAUUUUAUUUGGGGAGGGAGCUUGAGGAUCAGAAAUCACUUGCUGCACAGAACGUUCAACCAAAUUCAUUGUUACACCUUGUACGGACAAAGAUUCACUUGUGGUCAAGGGCACAAAGGGUUCCUGGUGAGAAUAAGUCACUGCGUCCUCCAGGGGCAUUCAAGAAAAAGUCUGAUCUGUCCGUGAAAGAUGGCCAUGUUUUUCUGAUGGAGUAUUGUGAGGAAAGGCCUUUACUUUUGGGCAAUGCUGGAAUGGGUGCAAGGCUUUGUACGUACUAUCAAAAGUGUUCUCCAGAUGAUCAAUCUGGCUCUUUAUUACGCAACACUGAUAAUAGCUUGGGGCACAUUAUAUCUCUCGAUCCAGCUGAUAAAUCUCCGUUCCUUGGGGACUUGAAACCUGGCUGCAGUCAGUCCUCACUGGAGACAAAUAUGUAUAGAGCACCUAUAUUUCCUCAUAAAGUUCCAUUAACUGACUACCUGCUGGUACGCUCACCAAAGGGAAAGCUAUCGCUAAGGCGCAUUGAUAAAAUUAAUGUUGUUGGACAGCAGGAGCCUCUGAUGGAGGUGUUAUCACCUGGAAGUAAGAAUCUUCAGACUUACAUGAUGAACAGGCUAUUAGUACACAUGUGCCGUGAAUUCCAAGUGGCAGAGAAGGGGCACUUCCUCCCAUGCGUCCGUAUUGAUGAGCUCCUGUCACAAUUUCCUUACCUAUCAGAAGCCUCUUUCCGUAAAAGGAUUAAGGAAUAUGCCACUUUACAGAGGGGAACAAAUGGACAGUCAAUUUUGGUUAAAAAGCGAAAUUUUCGCAUGUGGUCUGAGGACGAAUUAAGAAAAAUGGUGACCCCAGAACUUGUUUGUGCUUAUGAAAGCAUGCAAGCUGGCCUCUACCGUCUAAAACAUCUAGGCAUAACCGAAACACACCCUACUAAUAUUUCGUCUGCAAUGAGUCGGCUUCCCGAUGAAGCGAUUGCACUGGCUGCUGCAUCACAUAUUGAAAGGGAACUGCAGAUUACUCCUUGGAACUUGAGUAGCAACUUUGUUGCCUGUACAAGCCAGGGUAAGGAAAAUAUUGAACGAAUGGAAAUCACUGGUGUCGGGGAUCCAUCUGGCCGUGGCUUGGGAUUUAGCUAUGCUCGGGCACCUCCAAAGGCACCAGUGUCUAGUGCAGUGGUGAAAAAGAAAGCUGCUGCUGGCCGGGGUGGUUCCACUGUUACUGGUACAGAUGCUGAUCUCCGUAGAUUAAGCAUGGAGGCUGCACGGGAGGUGCUGCUUAAAUUCAAUGUUGCUGAGGAAGUCAUUGCAAAACAAACAAGAUGGCAUCGCAUUGCUAUGAUACGCAAACUUUCAAGUGAGCAGGCUGCAUCUGGGGUUAAGGUCGAUCCAACUACUAUCAGCAAAUAUGCUCGUGGCCAGCGAAUGUCUUUUCUUCAGUUACAGCAACAGACCAGAGAGAAGUGCCAAGAGAUCUGGGAUCGACAACUUCAGAGUCUUUCAGCUGUAAAUGGUGAUGAAAAUGAGAGUGAUUCAGAAGAGAACAGUGAUCUAGAUUCUUUUGCUGGUGAUCUUGAAAAUUUACUUGAUGCUGAGGAGUUUGAAGAGGGAGAAGAGGGUACCAAUGACUUGAAACGUGAUAAGGGAGAUGGUGUUAAGGGUCUCAAAAUGAGAAGACACCCAACCUCAGCCCAAGCUAAGGAGGAAAAAGAAGAUGAAGAGGCUGAGGCUGCCGAAUUAUGCAGGUUGCUUAUGGAUGAUGAUGAAGCUGACAGGAAGAAAAAGAAGAAAGCUAGAGUUGUGGAAGAAGCUAGACUGGUACCAAAGCCGCCACCAAAAUUCAUCAUCUAUGACAGUACUGAACAAAAUAAGCAAGUAACAAAUACUUCACAACUAGAUGGAACCAUUCAUUUGAAAGAUGAUGCAAUUACAGAUCUCAGGGAGGAGGAAACUUUUCCUGCUAAAAAAGCGAAGUCAGUGAAGGUCACAAAAGCAAAGAAGAAUGAAAUUGCACCUAUUAGUCUACCUAAUAAAAAACUCAAACUAAAUAUAGGAGAAGGAGCAAUCAAGGUAUUUAAGGAGAAGAAACCAUCCAGGGAAACUUUUGUUUGUGGAGCAUGUGGCCAGCUUGGGCACAUGAGGACCAACAAGAACUGUCCAAAAUAUGGUGAAGAUCUAGAAGCACAGAUUGAAUCUACAGACAUUGAAAAACCAUCUGGAAAGUCUAUCAUUUUGGAUCCCUCUAAUCAGUCCCAGCAGAAAAGCCUCACGAAGAAGUUGGUGCCUAAAACUGCACCCAAAACCCCUUCAGUUGACAAUUCCACAAAAUUGAAGUUCAUAUGCAUCUCCACUGAGAAGUCUUCUGAUAAACCUGCUUUAGAAAACCUGCAGAGUUCUGAGAAGCCAGUCACAUCUGAUUCUGAAACUGUUAGGUCUGCUAAGGUUAAUAGAAUAAUUUUUCCUAAAAAAGUGAAGCCAGAUGAUACACAGGCUGAAUCUGUAAGACGUCCUAUCGUUAUUCGGCCUCCUACUGAUUCUGCUAGAGGUCAGGUUGAUUCUCCCAAGGUCCCAAUUAAAUUUCGGCCACCUACAGAUAUAGAGAGGGAGAGACAUCAUCAAAAGCUUGUUAUUAAACCUGCAAAGGAGAUUGUUGAUGUGGACCUUGACAGUCCUUAUGGAAACAAACGACUAGAACACAGAAAAACCAAGAGAAUUGUUGAACUGGCCAAUUUUGAGAAACAAAGAAAGCCAGAGCCCAUGUAUCCAACUGAAGGUUUGACAAAAUGGCAAGCUAAAGAGAGGAGAUGGUGGGAAGAGCAAGAGAAACGAAGAAACGAAGCGAGACUCAAAGAAGAAAGGGCUAGAAGACAUCACAAAGAAGAAAUUAGGAUGUUCAGAGAGCAAGAGGAGAGGUUAGACGAGAUAAAAAGAUUCGAAGAAGAUAUUAGAAGAGAGAGGGAGGAGGAGGAACGGCAAAAGGCGAAGAAGAAAAAGAAGAAGAAAAAGCCCGAAUUUACAGACGACUAUUUAGAUGACCACAGAGCUAGAAGAUAUGAUAAGAGGAUGCUAGACAGAGACAAGAGCACGAAGAGGAGAUCCAUCGAGUUAGGAAAACGUGGCGCAGACUUGAUGCCGCCAACAAAACGGCGAAGAGGGGGAGGGGGAGAGGUUGGUUUAGCAAACAUAUUGGAGAGCAUUGUGGAAGCCAUUAAAGAUAGGUAUGAUCUGUCAUAUCUUUUUCUGAAACCGGUUUCCAAGAAAGAGGCUCCUGAUUACCUGGACAUUAUAGAGAGGCCUAUGGAUCUUGCUCGAAUCCGGGAGAGGGUUCGGAAUAUGGAGUACAAGAGCAGAGAGGAUUUCAGACACGAUGUUUGGCAAAUAACUUAUAAUGCUCACAAGUAUAACGAUGGGCGAAAUCCUGGGAUUCCACCCAUCGCAGAUAUGCUUCUGGAAUAUUGUGAUUAUUUAUUGAAUGAGAAUGAUGAUAACCUCACUGAAGCGGAAGCUGGUAUUGAGAAUAGAGAUUUCUAAUGUCAUGUAAAAUUCAGAUCAUGAUUUGAUUAGGUAGAGCAGUCUAAAUUUUUUUUUAAAUUAGUGUAAGUUCUUAUUAUAAAAAGAAAUGAGUGUUUUCUGUACCAAUCCCCCAUAGUCUCAUUAAUUUUUCAUCGUGUAACAGUGUAGAUCAGGAUGUUUCCAUUUGAAAAUUCUCUUAGAAGGCUAAACAAAGUCGAGCAGAUAAGUAGGGUACUAGGGUUAUAAAUAUAUGUCAUCAAUCAAGAGGACUGUUAUAGUGUUAUAAAAGUUAUUUACAUGUUCAUAUUUUAAAUGAAAACAUCGGAGCUUUCAAUA